CGAAUUAAAGUCUUCCAUUAGCUACAUUGCUUUCACACACAUGUAGUAUAUAUCUCUCUCUAAAUUCCUCUCCCUCUCUCUCUCUUAUGCUUCUGCUCUCUCACUCUCUGUAUAAAAUCUAGAGAUCCAACUGGGGCUCUAAAUCUUACAACCCUCACCUACAUACGUACAUACAUAGAUCUCCGGGUUUCAGACUUUCACAGUUCAUGGCUCCACUCCACUACUUGAGUCUCACAAAGGUACUCCUUUUUCUUGUUUUAUUUCUCUUCACUUGUGUUCUUGUCUGUGCCGACACUCGAACCCAAUCUCUCAACAAUGAGUUGUUUCUGGGUACAAGAAGAAUGUUAGAGGUACAAAAUGAAGAUCAGCCAAUCAAGAAGAAAACAACACCUACACUCUCCACCAAAAAUCAAACCAAACUCAUCAAACCCACCACAACCAGUAACCAAACCACCAAAUUGAUUAAGAACACCACAAAUUCAACAUCCAAAAACCAAACCAAGCUCAUCAAACUCAACUCUGAUUCAACCAAAAACAAAACCAAGCUCCUCAAAUCCACUACAGAUUCAACACCCACCACUAUCAAAAUCCAGAUCAAGAAGCUCAAUUCCACUUCCAAAAUCUCAAAUUCAACCAAACCCACCUCGCUUCUCACCAAGAAGUCCUCAGAUCUGAACAAACCAAGCACGCCCAAGAACAAGACAACCAACCCAAUUACCACAAAACAGAGCCAAACCCAAUUAGACAAAUCCAAAAACCCAGAUAGAAAGCCCAAACCCACACCCACACAAAAAAAGCCAACACAACCCAGUUGGAUUGACCAGGAAGAUGAGGACGACUUGGACCACCUAGUCUCUGAAUUCAGAGAUCUACCCUCAAAAUUUCAAGAAACUUUUAUGCCAGAUUUAGAUAGAAUUUCAACAACUUCAAAAGUCUAUCUCAACAAAGCCAACAAAGAGAUCACAAAAGGGUUCAAACCCAUUGUGGGUAACAAAUAUGCACCUAUGAUUGCUUCUUUUGUCUCUUUUGCCUUCAUUUUAAUCCCUCUACUUCUAGUCUCUCUCCUCUUCAACCGUAUCAAAGCUUAUUUCUCUCUCCAAAAGCUCUUGAUCUUCGUCCAAGUUUAUCUCUCCAUCUACUUCUCUAUACUCUGUUUAUCUUCCUUGGUGACCGGGCUCGAGCCGUUGAGGUUUUUCUACGCUACUUCGCAGUCUACGUACGUCUGUGUACAGGUGCUGCAAACUCUUGCAUAUGUGCUGUACCUGUUGUUGCUCUUGAUGUACUUGAUUCUGGUGUUCUCGACUGAUUCUGGGCUGGGCUCGAAGUUGUUGGGCCUGGGUCAGACCAUCGUGGGCUUUGCGGUUGGGCUUCAUUAUUACGUGACGGUAUUUCACAGGGUUGUGUUGCAUCAACCGCCCAAGAGCAGUUGGAGGGUCCAUGGAAUGUAUGCCACGUGUUUCCUCGUGAUUUGUCUGUUAGCAAGGGCUGACAGGAGGAAGAAGGCUUACUUAGAAGAAGGUGGUGAGGAAGGCAAAAAGAACUAAUCUGUGUCUCUCUCUCUGGCCUUUAUAUUUGGUUAUUAUUUUAACUGAAAGAAGCGAAAAUUUGUCGCUUUUAUUAUUUUGGUGCACAAUUUGUAUGUUUAUUAAGAUUAAAAAUAAAUGAACGGAGAUUUAAAAUCAGCCGUUCAUUUUAUAAAGUCACACUUGUUUGGAAGAUCAUGUUAUGAUUGUAUAAUUUAUAUGCGUCUUCUGUUA